AUGGCCGCUCAUGGCUCUGUAAGUAGCCGUCUUUCUCAGAGUCUUACGGAGGAAGAUAUCCCCGGAGCAUCGCUUCAGGAAAGAAAUCCGACUGCUCUUAAAACAGAUGAACUUCGCUUUUGGUUAAAAUUUCGUGGCGAUCCAGCAAAGGGGUUAAAAACAAAGGCACAAUUGGCGAAAAGGUAAGUACAGUAUUUGUCAGUCGUUCGUGAUACUUUUUAGAAUUAAAAGAGACUUUUAUAUUGUAAAUGGAGAUCAAAAGAUUUAGGAGUUAUUUUUCUCGAUGAAAUGUUUCAAAAAUGCAAUGAUUAAUAGUUUUUCUACUUUUCAUUUUGAAGAGUUCUUGAAUAUGUUGCGUCUGGUCGUGAUAAAGAUGUUGUGGAUCCCGAUAAAAAUCUGAUAUACACGCGUCGAAAGGCGAGACAAGAACAACUCGCUCAAAGUGAUGCGAUGCCUGAGGAAAGUACUGUUAAAUUUCCAUCAGCCGGAUGGUCUACAAGUUUGCAACGAAUGCCAUCAUUCACAAGGGCAGAGAUGGAUUUACAUAUUUGUAAAUCUGGAAAAAACUUUGACAGAAAUAAACAGAACCAUGCUGUUCCAACAAGCAUGAAAAAGGCAAAAACAUUUCUUGAUGAUGAAUACCUGAAAGACUUAAGGUGGCUCCGUGAUUAACACAAGAGCAUUUAGCUGUGACAAAUUUUCCGUCAUAACUUUUUCGAUUUUAACGCAAUGGCUGCGAAACUUUGCAAAUAACAACAGAUAUCAUUCGGCAAUAAUACGAACUAUUCCGAUUUCAUUGAUGGUAAAUAUUUCUUGAGAAAUUAGCGCUUAAAAGGACCCUACUGUUCAAAGAAAAUCGCGUCUAGUAAAAAAUUUUGCUGAUAUUUUUUACUGAAAUUUCUGGUAUCGGCUUUAAUUGAUAUAAUAAAUAUGCCAGAGGAAUUUCAGAAAAAUCGUUGGAGCAGAAGUCCGUAACUAAAAGUCGGUCAAAAUUCAGCUGUGAAAUUGUUUUGGAAUUUCAAAAAUAAAUUACUAUCAGGAAGAAGGAGACACCAGUUUCAAUUUUCGGGACAAGCAACUUCAGUGUGUUUCCUGAUUCUGAAAACAGAAGCCGAUUGCCUAUCGUGCUAUUCUUUAAAAGGUAAUUUUCAGUUUUUAGAAGCACUAUAAAUUGCUCCAAACUUUGCUCUGACAUCGAAUGACCUGUUCCUCGACAUUUUUAAAAUAUCCGUUGGCAGUUUUGGUUCAAACUCCUGCUACACACAUUUUGAUGUAUUGCAAAGCAUCCCCAACGGCUUUUCCUGCUUUACGUUGUUUCCAAUUCAGGAAAAAGGUAUUGGGAUUGUAAGCUACCUAGUAUCGAAGCUCAGAUAGAACUGUCCAGUACCUUUGUUUAUGACCAGAAAAUGAGCACGAGCGGCAGCUCUGCGAGGAAUUCGCACCUCAGCCAGGGGGGACGAGUGACAAUGAUGCCCAUGUCUGGGAACCGAUCUGUAUAAACAUGUAUUGCAGAGCAAAACAUAAUAAUCAAGAAAAAAAUACCCAUUCAUUGAAGGAAGGAGUGACAAAAAUUUCAGAGUUGUAAAUUGAUUCACGGGCAGUAUUUUUGCGAUAAUUUUAUUUUGCACUGUGAUGUUAUUCGGUUCACAGGCAUGGUCAUCAUUGUCGUUCGUCCCCCCUGGGUGAGGUGCGAAUUCCACGCAGAACUGCAGCUCGUGCUCAUUUUGUAGUCAUAAACAAAGGUGCUGCACAGUUCUUUCUGAGCUCUGAUACGAGGUAGCGUCCAAUCUCAAUACUUUUUUUUCUGAGUUGGAAGCAACGAACGGCAGUAAAAGUCGUUGAAAAUGCACGGCAAUACAUCAAAAUGUAUGCAGCAGGAGUUUGAGCCAAAACUGCCGAGGGAUAUUUUAAAACUGUCGACGAACAAGUCAUUGUACUUCAGAGCAAAGUUUGGAGCAAUUUAUAGUUCUUCUAAAACUAAAAAGUACCUUUCAAAGAAUAGCACGAUAGGCAAUCGGCUUUUGUUUUAAGAAUUAGCAAGCGUUGAAUUUACUUGUCCUGAAAAUUCAAACUGGUGGCUCCUUCUACCUGAUAGUAAUUUAUUUUUGAAAUUCCAAAACAAUUUCACAGCUGAAUUUUGACCGACUUUUAGUUACGGACUUCUGCUCCAACGAUUUUUCUGAAAUUCCUCUGGCAUAUUUAUUAUAUCAAUUAAAGCCGAUACCAGAAAUUUCAGUAAAAAAUAUCAGCAAAAUUUUUUACUAGACGCGAUUUUCUUUGAACAGUAGGGUCCUUUUAAGCACUAAUUUCUCAAGAAAUAUUUACCGUCAGUGAAAUCGAAAUAUUUUGUGUUAUUGCCGAAUGAUAUCUGUUGUUCUUUGCCAAGUUUUGCAGCCAUCGCGUUAAAAACCAAAAAGUUAUGACGGAAAAUUUGUCACAGUUAAAUGCUCUUGUAUUAAUUACGGAGCCACCUUAACUUACGCAAGUGAUGACCAAUAUUUCUAUUUCAAAUGCUUGUGUUACCAUAGCUUUAAAAAAAUGAGCCACCCCACAAAUUACAAGUUGCGCUUUGUUUAGUGAGUGGAGUUGUUAAAUAUGCUUCGUGUACAUGUGUAGCAGGAUCUGUUGGUUUUUGCAAUCAUGUGCUUGCUGUUAUGAUGAAACUCUGUAAGUUCAGCUUGUAUUGUUGUCAAGAUAUUAAGGACUUGGAAAAUGAAUCUGAUAUGACACAAGCUAAGGCAUGCACUUCACGUUUACAACUAUGGCACAGGCCUGUAAGAGGAGAUAAAAUCAAGCCCCAACCUGUCAUGGAACUUGAGGUAAAAAAGUCGAAUAUAGACACAGAGUAUAACCCUGAUAGUGGAGUAAGGUGCUUGUUGUAUGAAGCUAGGAAAAAUUUGGGUACACAAGCAUCUGAUGAAGCUUUGUUAAAAAACAAGCUUCAAGAGAUCAACCCUAAGUUUGCCUUGUCUCAAAUUAUGUCUACUGGUGGUACCAACUUACAGGAAACAAAAUGUGGAAAAUGUCCAAGUGGCUCAUAUGCAAGUUACCAGUUACAGUUCACAGAGUCUAAUUUUCAAGUUUUCUGUAAUAUUGACUCAGUGCCUAGAGUGGACUGUUAUGAUGAACAAAAUGCCAUUUAUGUAUAUCCUCCAUUCCCUUUGCAACAAUCUGAGCAGUAUGAAAAGCCAGAUGAUUUAAGCAGCAACCAGGAAGCACUCCUGGAUCAUUUGAUUGUUGAUGAGGCAAAGCUUAAUACCAUAGAGAAGAAAACAAGUGAACAAGCAGCCUCACAGGAAUGGCAGGCUGAAAGGAAAUUUCGGUAUACAGCAUCUAAUUUCCACACAAUUGUAAAAAGGCAAAGGAAUCAUAACACUCUAGUAAAUAAUCUGCUUCAUCCCAAACCAUUCACUGCCAAACAAACUGCACAUGGGAAAACCUAUGAGCCUGUAGCCUUAAAAGAAUAUGAAAAAUAUAUGUUUUCAACAAGGAACCCAGUUUCAGUGUUCAAAACUGGCCUUGUUGUCAGUAUGGCCUCUCCCUUUUUAGCAGCAUCACCAGAUGGCAAGGUCAUUGACCGAGGCUGUAGCAAGCCUUUUGGGCUGGUAGAGGUUAUAUGUCCCUACUCUAAAUUUCAUGUGAGUCCUUUAGAAGCAUGUGCCGAUGAAAAUUUUUAUGCAGAAAAUGUAAAUGGAAAGCCGAGGCUAAAAAGGGGACACCAGUACUACUUUCAGAUACAGGGUCAACUAGGUAUUACAGGAGCAAGUUGGUGUGACUUUGUUAUCUAUACUAACAAAGGCAUGAGUAUAGAGAGGAUCACAUCUGAUCCUCAAUUCUGGGACGUAUUGAAUGAAGGCCUAAAGAAGAGCUAUUUUGAACAUUUCAUAGCACCAGCUUCUGUGGAGUUCAGUAACCAUUAUAAGGGUUAA